AUGGCAGUAGUUAUAAGGCAAGCGCUUUUCAGAGGGCGUGGCAUGAAUAUGUCAGAAUUAGAAGAGCAUGCGAUGGAUAAUCGUGAAGCCUUAAUGAGACAAGAAGAUCUCUCACGCAUCCGAGACGAAGCAGUUGACGAAGAUAUGAUGGAUUCAAAUUCUUUUAAUGAACAAGAAGAAAAACGCAAAGAACAGUCCAGAGCAGUUAAAAACCAGCUCAUGAAAAAAAAGCUUGAAAAAAUAGCGAGAUACAAAGCAAAAUUAAAAAUUUUUGACACAGUUUCUGUAAUUCUGUCAGCUGGUGGCGUGUUUUUAGCGUUUCUUGAGGUUGAAAAUAAUUUUAGCACAAACGGUGGGAAAAAAAGAAAUGAGUCUAAUAGCUAUGAUUUCAUUUUGAGAUCCAUAAUUACUAUUUCCACUGUGGCUUUGCUUUUAUUUAUAUAUUUGCAUCAUCUAUUUGUAUAUCAAAUAGCACGUGAGCACCAAACCACCUCUGAAGGUGUCGGCUCCAGUUUUUAUGGAAGCAUACAGUUUAAAUGGAUGUGGGUUGAAAUAUUAUUUAAUGCAGUCCAUUGUCCACCCGGACUAGAUGUAGAAUUUCAUUUCGAGCAGCUGCAUGGGACUUUGGUAUUGUCAGUGGACCAAAUGCUUAGUUGCAUUAUGCUUGUUAGAGCUUAUAUUUUAGUAAGAGUGGUUAAGCAUUAUACAAAAUGAGGGACAAGCCACGCAGACCAAGUCUGUGACUAUUUUGGGUGUGAUGCAAAUAAUUUAUUUGUUUUAAAAUCAGUAUUUAAGGACAAGCCUUAUUUGGUAUUAGGCUGCUGCAUGAUAUUGAGCAUUUGCAUUUUUGGGUUUGCAGUAAGAACUUUUGAAAGGCCUUAUAAUGCAGAAAUUGAAGGGCAGGCUAAACAAAAUUAUAAUUAUGUGUGGAAUGCAUUUUGGCUAGUUAUUAUUACCAUGUGUACUGUUGGGUAUGGUGAUUUUUACCCUCAAACUCAUAUGGGGAGAUUUGUUAUUGUUAUAGCUUGCUUUUGGGGUGUAUUUUUAGUAUCAAUGACUGUCGUCACGUUGACGGAGAGUUCUGAGUUCAGCAAGGGAGAAGCCAGAGCUUAUGAUAUUUUAUAUAGGCUAAAGGCGAAGGAAAGAGCUAGCCAUAUUGCUAAAAAAGUUGUAGCAAAGGCUAUACAGGUGAAUUUUUUGAAAAGAAAAAAGAAAAAGGAUCAUGCUCUUCAUCACCAUUGUUUGAUGAAGUACAAUGAACUAAUGAGAGUUUUGCAGACUUUUGCUGUACAAAGUUUAAGAUAACUCUUCAAGUCCGUACUUCUUGACCUUAGCCUAGACAACAGCUCUGAAUAAAUAUAGGCGGGUCGGCCUAAUUGUCGGCCUGUUUCUGUCCCCAAGCCCUUAGAACCUCUCUGAUCUAUACCAGACUCGUGUAGACCCAUUCUCUUAAGCCGAGAUCUCAAGAAACUGUGAACUUCUCUUACUGAACUUGGAUGUAGCACCAGAGUCCUACCUCUAACUGACAUAUUUAAUUAUCGCUGUACAAAGGAAAAUAUGGAAAGAUUGGGAGCCGCCAGUCGAAGAAAUGCUUAAGCAGCUUGCAGAAAGGAUUGACGUUGAUUUAGAGACUCUUAAAAGCCAAGUCGCUAGUGUAUUCGAAAUUGAACAGCAGCUCAAAAGAGUCGAAGUUUUCCAAGAGCAAGGAAUUAAUGCAACAAAGCUGUCUAUUACUUAUUUAGAGGAGCUUGAUGGUCAGCUUGAUACAGUUAUUCAGAAAAUGAUGAAAAAAGCAAGUUAA